AAUGCAUGGGUUGUCAUGUGUCAUGCAGUCUGACUGGUGGUCAGCUGACAAGCCGGGGUCGCUUAUGUUUACUUUCUUUUGUCCGGCGCGUUAAACCUGCGUUUGUCUCUGAAUGAAUGCAGCGGUAUGCUUCAUCCAGGAGAACCAUGGUAGUCGUCAACUCGGUGCUGAAGCUGUUACAGAGGCAGACCUACACCUGUUUGUCCCAUCGGUAUGGGCUCUACAUCUGCUUCGGGGGGCUCGUUCUCAUGAUCGUUUCCGCCUUCCAGUUUGGAGAGGUGGUGGUGGAGUGGAGUCGAGACCAGUAUCAUGUGCUGUUUGACUCCUACAGAGACAAUGUGGGUGGGAAAUCUUUCCAAAGCAGGCUCUGUCUGCCCAUGCCUAUUGAUGUGGUGUACACAUGGGUGAACGGCACAGACAUGGCUCUUCUGAAGGAACUGAAGACGGUCAAAGAGCAACUGGAGGAGGAACAGAGAGCUCUGAGGGAACACCUGGGGAAAAAUGCAAGUGAGACAACUGAAGUGCCAAAAGAGAGUGUUAAGCCAGAAUGUCUGCUGUCCCACUGCAUCAUAGCGCCCAUGUUGGCCCUGGACCCGGCUCUGCCAGCCAACAUCACACUCAAAGAGCUGCCGUCGCUUUCUUCCUCCUUCUCCGCUGCCCAAGAGCUGCUGCUGAUGAACAAAGCCUUCCACACGGCCACCACCGUCUCUGUGGUUGUCUUCCAUUCGCAGGCUGAGGCUGAUAAAGCCCUUACAGAUGUGUCCAAAGAAGACCAGAAGUUCUCUGUGUCAAGAUGUUACCUGACGACAGAUAAAGAGGCUCCGGGUUUGAUCCGCAUGCAGUCUCUGGCCUACCUGAGCGGCUUCCCGGCAACCUAUAAGGAAACGGAGCAGCUGAGAGUCAAACUGCCGUCUGUCAUAACCAAUAAGAUCAAACAGUUUGAGUUGUACUCUGAGGCCAGCAUCGCCCUGCUCCACCUGAAUACCCCGCAGGACUUCACCGAUCUGACCCAGCAGGCCAAGAAGAAUCUGACCCUGGACGGAAAAGAGUUAACCAUCAGCCCUGGCUACUUGUUCUGGGACCUCACCGCCAUCUCACAGUCCAAACAGGAUGAAGAUGUUUCAGCCAGCCGGUUUGAGGACAACGAGGAGCUCCGCUAUUCGCUGCGCUCUGUGGAGCAACAUGCCCCCUGGGUGCGACACAUCUUCAUCGUCACUAACGGGCAGAUUCCCUCCUGGCUCAACUUGGAUAACCCCAGAGUUACAGUUGUCACACAUCAGGAUAUCUUCCUGAACAACAGCCACCUUCCCACUUUCAGCUCCCCUUCCAUAGAGACCCACAUCCACCGUAUCCCAGGGCUCUCUCAGAAGUUCAUUUACCUCAACGAUGACGUGAUGUUUGGCAAAGACGUCUGGCCGGACGACUUCUACAGCCACUCCAAAGGACAGAAGGUGUAUCUCACCUGGCCCGUCCCCAACUGUGCUGAGGGCUGCCCAGGAUCUUGGAUCAAAGAUGGCUACUGUGACAAAGCCUGCAACAACUCCGCCUGUGACUGGGAUGGAGGAGACUGCCUCGGUGCAGCGGGAAACAGUCGGUUCGUUGCUGGGGUCGGCGGUGGCGGGGCCGGUGGAGCUGGCGGACAGUUGUGGCAGUUCGCGGGCGGUUUAGGAGGUCUUGGGGGAACGUCGUACUGUAAUCAAGGCUGUGCCAACUCCUGGCUGGCGGACAAGUUCUGUGACCAAGCCUGCAAUGUUCUCUCCUGUGGUUUUGAUGUGGGAGACUGUGGCCAAGAGCACUUUGGCGAGCUGCAUCAUGUGACCCUUAUGAGGAAUCGGAGCCUGUACACCCUCCCGGUAGGUGAAACUAAGCCAUAUUUUAGCUUCGACAGACUGGCCCGCAGAGUCUCCCACGCACACGUCAGUGACAACCCGGCGCUCCGCCACACCUCCGUCGCCAACAAAUGGAAGACCAUUCACCUGCUGCUCCACCCGGGCCACAACGGUACCCAGAUCCAGUACAAUCUCACUUUCCAGAGAGAAGACGACACAGAGUUCAUAAUGACCUUUAGUGUAGGGGUCGACACCCGCGAGGUGCCUCAGGCCAACGUGUCCCAGGCUGCGAGCAAAGACGAGGACGACAAAGACCCAAAGCCGACCCCGACUGCAGAGCCACCGGUCCCGUUCUCCGAUAUUCCUGAGGACAAACGGGGCCCUAAGAUCCAGAAGAUGUUGCCAGGGGAACUUCUGAAUGUCAUAGAAGUGCCUUCGCUGAAUGUGUCCCUUCUACCAGCUGCUGUGCAAAGUGAGCUGCAAAAGCUGGAGGAGAAGCUUCUGAUCGGGGACAUUACUAUGAAGGGUUAUAACAUGACAAAGGCUGAACUUCUAAAAAAUUACAAUACACUGGCUCAAGAGCAACAGAAGGGUGCAGAAAAGGUCCAGGGAAAGCCUUAUAAAGACUUGGAGGGAGAGCAGUUGGAAGGAAAACCACCCGUGGAAGAGAAAGCGAGACAUAUCAUUCAGAUAAUUCAGGACUCAAAAGAGGAAAUGUCCAGGAAAGACGUGGCUGUCACUCAUUUUAUUCCCGUCCAAACUGAUGAUAAGCAUGAGAACCUAAAUCCCCCACAUUAUAAUCUAAAAGCUGCGAUAGAGAGGCCCAUGACUUCCAAACUGCUAGACAGUAUCUCCAAAACCAAGAGCGUGGAGAGUCAGGCAGAGCCAGAGGACGCUGUCGGAGGAGCUCCUUUCGGGAGGAGACUUCAACACUUCAUCUCCUCAGACAGAGGCUUCCUGCCGUGGGAGAGGAGGAAAUACUUCCAGAAGUUACUUGAGGAAGAGGAGCGCCUGCAGAGAGAAUUGUCGUACGACGCCGACGGUGCCGCCACGGGUCGAAGGCUGCAGGACACUUUUGCCGACUCGCUGCGCUACGUCAACAAGCUGCUCAACGGCCAGUUUGGAUUCACGUCCCGCAAAGUCCCCGCCCACAUGCCUCACAUGAUCGACCGCCUCAUCAUGCAGGAGCUGCAGGACAUAUUCCCAGAGGAGUUUGACAAGACAUCGGCCCACCGCGUUCGUCACUCGGAGGACAUGCAGUUCGCCUUCUCGUACUUCUACUUCCUGAUGAGUGCUCAGCAGCAGCUCAACGUAUCCGAGGUGUUCGACGAGAUCGACACGGACCACUCGGGCGUCCUGUCCGACCGAGAGAUUCGAACUCUGGCCACAAGGAUCCACGAGCUGCCACUCAGCCUCCAGGACUUGACAGGCCUGGAGCAGAUGUUGAUAAACUGCUCUAAGACUCUCCCGACUAACCUGACACAGCUCCAUCUGGUGAACCCAACACAGGAGGCCUACUACGACCCCAGCAUGCCUCCUGUAACAAAAGGCCUCGUCCUCCACUGCAAGCCCAUCACGGAGCGCAUCCAGAAAGCCUUCAGAGACCAGAACAAGUACAAGUUUGAGAUCAUGGGGGAGGAGGAGAUAGCGUUCAAGAUGGUGCGGACAAAUGUUUCCCACGUGGUUGGCCAGUUGGAUGACAUUAGGAAGAAUCCCAGGAAGUUCAUCUGCCUGAAUGAUAACAUCGACCACACCCAUAAGGACGCCGCCACGGUGAAAGCUGUGCUGAGAGACUUCUACGAGUCUAUGUUUCCACUGCCAUCCCAGUUUGAACUGCCAAGAGAGUACCGCAACAGAUUCCUGCAUAUGGAAGAGCUCCAGGAGUGGCGAGUUUAUCGGGACAAGCUGAAGUUCUGGACGCACUGUGUCCUCGUGACGCUCGUCAUCUUCACCAUCAUGUCCUUCUUUGCUGAACAGCUGAUUCUGCUAAAGCGAAAGCUGUUUCCCAGACGCAGAGUAAACAUGGACAGCAACCCUGAGCGGGUGUGAAAAAAAUAAAGGGAAGACUUUCCCUCUCUUCUUCUUUCUGCACUUCUAACGACAUCCACCCUCUCUCUCCUGCUUGGAGAGAGGGUUCAGCCCGGGGGACUGGGUGGAAACAGGGAUCUGAAGUCAUCUGUGCUUGUGUUGCAUCAGCACGUACAGCAGAUAGACUCAUGUGAGAUGGUGAUGAAGCAUUUUUCAUAAGAUGAUGGAUGGGGCUGGCCGGUGAAAGGAUUGGCAGCCAGAAAGACUAAGCCUGUGAGACUUCCUUUUCCUCCACUGGGGGAGUCUGAGGCUUUUGUACGACACACAUUUGCAAGUACACAAACAAACACUCCCUCCACACUGCACCACCCUCCUCGUGUCCUGCUCUCACCAUGUUUUUGAUUGAUGUGCUGUUAAAGGGUCAAACGUUUGACAGCAACUGGAUCUAGACUAAUUGUAUGUGUGUGCAGUAAGCAAGUUUUACCAUCAAAUCCACAAACUGUUGUGUUUAAAGCUCCAACGAUUGGCAGAUUAAUCGAUCUGCAACUAUUUUGAUAAUCAUUUGUCACUUUUCAAGGAAAAAUGCCAAACAUUUGCUGUUACCAGCUUCUUUAAUCUCAGUAUUUUCUCUGUUUUUAUAUCACCGUUUUGUUGAUUAUCUUUGGGUUUUGGACUGUAGAUGUCACCUUUGGGUGCUGGGAAAUUGGGGUAGGCUUUUUGACAGCGACAGUAGAGAGAGAGACAGGAAACCUGGGAAAUGACAUGCAGAAAACGGUACGAAACAAACCGGGGAAUUGUCGGCUAUCUCGUCAGCCUUUGUAAUUAUUAUUAUUAUUUUUAUUUGUAGACAAAACGAUAAAUAAAUAAAAAAAGGUCAGUAGAUAAAAAUAAUCUACACCUGCCGCCCUGGUUGUGUUUGGCUUUUAUCGCUAUGGAUACAUUUUAAGGAAAUGAAGGUAAAAGUACAUAUAGGAUGAAUAAAAUAAUAAAUGUAAGUGUUGGCUGUUGUCUUUAAAAACAUGGAAACUUGAAGUGCCUUCAUUGUUCAUUCCUGCUUGUUUGAACAUUUUUGUUAUCUCCUGUUGUUUUUUUUAUUUUAUUAAUAUGUCUUUUUCUAAAUGUUGGCCCCGUCACCCUCAUUUAGUGAUUUAAAAUGAGAAUGAAUGGGAUAUAGGAUAAUGUGAUUCUUAACUUGGUACAAAUGUAAUUGAUCGUUGGAGCUAGUUGUGAACAACCUUCCUGUAUGUGUGUCCCUGUGGGACUCAACAGGCUCGCUACUGUCUGAAAUUCAGACUCCCUCAGCAUGAUCUGUAACUUAUUUUGAUUGUAGUAUUGUGACAGUGAGCCUGAUGACUGAUGCAUCUGAUUUGAACUGCUCCAACUAUUUCCUCUGAAUGUCAGUUUUACAAAGUUCUUUAAUAUAAUGACAAAUAGAGGAAGUGGCUUGUACAUGCUGUCAGCAUUUUACCUCAGCCAUAAAAGUCUUGAUAAUGUACCGUAAGAUGUUAGCAGGCGAGGCGAUGAGUUAGAUAGCUGGAGAAUAAGCAUCCCUCAGAUUGCAUCAGUUCCAUGGCUCCUCUGACUAAAAUAAAAUGUGUCUUGGUUCAGUCAUCUUGGUGUUUUUGUCAUGUGUG